AGUCAGAGUUCUGAGCUAAAAGCAACCAACGCAACAGCAAGCACGUAUCGGCCACCGAAUCGAUCCUCAACCACUCCACGACCCUACACGAAGCAUCCGUCUCGUCUGUAUAUCCACGUCUCCCCCCUCAUCCUCACAUCUUCCAACCCAACUCACCAACCCUAUCAAUCCACCCACCAGCCCCAAUGGCCUCCCUCGUCGACAAGCCGCGCUCGGAGCUGACCGAGUACGAGAUCGCCGAGCUCGAGAAGUACGAAUUCUCCGCUGGACCUCUGUCAAUCCUGCAGACGGCGGUGCGCUCGCACAACCCGGUGCUCGUGUCGUGCCGCAACAACCGCAAGCUGCUGGCGCGUGUCAAGGCCUUCGACAGGCACUGCAACAUGGUGCUCGAGAACGUCAAGGAGAUGUGGACCGAGACCCCGCGGAAAGCUGAUGGCACCAAGGGAAGGCCCGUCAACAAGGACCGCUUCAUCUCGAAGAUGUUCUUGAGAGGCGAUUCGGUCAUCCUGGUUUUGUUGAGUUAGAGUGCUCGUGAGCGGGGUAGAGGUGGUUGGCGGUGAUGGGGAGGGGAGCUAGGGACGAGUGAACAGCUACAUGCUCGUAUGGAGAAUGAUAAUUGAAGCAACUCAGCGAAAACGGCAUC